AUGAUCACUGAUGAUCAACACGAUCAUACCCAUCAGUCAUUGUGGCCGCCUCCAACUCAGAGUCAGUCAUUUUGGCCGCCGCCCCCUCAGCCUCAUCAGUCGUGGCAGCCAGCGCCCCCUCCUCACCCUCAUCAGUCAUCGUGGCAGCCAGCGCCCCCUCCUCAUCUUCAUCAGUCACCCGGGUCAUCGUGGCUGCUGCCUGCACAGCCUCAUCAUGACGGAACCACACUAGCAGGCCCAUCGGAUUCGAGGGACAGCAGCUAUGUCGCGUCGACUCUACCUUAUUAUUAUGAUAAUGAUCGCGGCCAUCAAGACCAAGCAUCGCACCCGCCGCUUCAUGGUCAUGAUACACUAGUACCCAACACUGAUCAGCGUCAAUUGCUACAACUUUCCUACCCGUUGCAUGGCCAACUGCAGCCUCAGGCUCCCCUCGAACUCGCACAUCCUAGACCUCAACAUAUUAUUCCACCGAACUUUUUUGGCGCCUUUCCCGCAACGCUGCCAGUGCAACCUGCUUUAUUCCUUAACUUGCCCAAGUCGCAGUCUCCGACCCAGGGCCCGGUUAUCCCCGCCCCCGAGUCUCACCAUCAUGUUCCUGACGACGUCACCUCACACUCGUCACUCGUCUACCAUUAUCGCAGCCGAUUAACCCAGCCACAAUCCAGCAAGCCAGCUCGUUUGUCCCAUCGCAAUGCCAAAAAUACUCUCACCGUGGAACGAACAGGCCAGCACGCCAAGAAGGACAAAGAUGCAUCUUCUGGUACUGCAAGCCAGACUUCAGGCAUGCAGUUCGUUCCCAGCCGCGGUGUUCGACAGUUAUUGGAUUGUUUUAGAGAUCAGAUGAAAAUGGCUCUUUUUGGACAGUCACUAUUACCCUCCAACGAAUCUCUUAUCGGAAUGAUAGAUUCGUCAUGGAGAGCCGCCGCCAUUCAACAGAACAACGGCUCAGGAGUCAUUAUGCAGUGGGCUUUGGAUAAGCUGGCGCAUGACGCGGCUUACAUGGAUGCGACACUCCUACCCGUGCUCGAAGCCUUGCAUAAUGACAUGCAAGCCGUAGUGAGGAUGUUUGUCUUUCAUGAGUACAGCCUCCAGUUUGACUUCACAGUGCCGCUGAACAACUCGGUUAUCGUCGUGCGCGCAAACCGAAUUAAUGGUCUGGUGAUGAAUGAUGCGUUCAUCUACGGCACACUCCAACUUGUCUCUGUCGAGGAUGCUGACGGAGUCGAGGAUGCUGGCGGAGUUGAGAAUGCUGAUGGAGUCGAGAAUGCUGACGGAGUCGAGAAUGCUGACGGAGUCGAGAAUGCUGAUGGAGUCCAGGAUGCUGAUGGAGUCCAGGUUGCAUUUGCCAACCAUGCCAUUGUCUCAGCGGUCACAUACUUCUUACGUGACAGCGAACACCAGUACCACCAAUACGUCGGUCCGGAUGGCAACUUCAAACCAUUGGUUAUGAUGCUUUUCAUGACUGGCCCUCAUGAAUUCACUGAUGUCACUGCCGCCAGGUUCUGGCACGAGUUUCAGACCCUCCAUCGCUGUAAUCUUCUACGACAGUACCUUCGCAUGAGGCUGACCUACGAUUGUAGCCCUCAGCACAUUGGGCCUAUGCAAAUCAUCACCCCCCAACUUUUCACCGCACCAUCUGUCACCCUGUAUAUCAUUCCUCAACAUGGUCUCAUGAUGCAUCUGCUCGACAUCAUCAUCAACUUCUUCGCCAACCACAUUGAGGACAAGCACAUCCUCACCACCGGUCUCUUGCCCAACAACUUUAGACGUUGA